CCCCAUGACGGCGACGCAGACCGUGGCGGUACCCUCCGCCCCCGGCAUGAAGGCUCGUGAACCCUCGUUCACGCUCGACAGCGACGACGACGACGGUGACACCGUCGAGCGGGAAAGCCUCGACGACGACGACGACGACGACGGGACGAAAGGGGCGACCGUCGAUCAAUUCGAGCUCGAUCGGGGCAUGCCCGGCCUGAGGGUCGCCACGCGCCGCGAGGACCCGCCCGCAUCCGUCGAGUCCAAGCCGUUCUGGGAGCACGACUUCGCGAGCGAGUACGAUUUCGCCAAGGCGCAGUACGCCAAAGCGGCGGAGGAGGCCGUCUCGCCCAAGGCACUCACCGCGGGUCACACCCACGCGAGUAUCGGCAAGAGCGGGCUGAGGGUGGACCCGAAGGAGGCCGAGCGAUGGAGGCGCGCGGCGAGGGAGCGCGCUCAGGUCGUCACCGAGGUGGCGGCAGCCGCGUCGAAGCGUGUGGCUGACUUUUGGGGUUCCAUCGCGGGCCGAUCCGGCGCGCAGCGGGAGGAACCAUCGAAUUCGACCGAGCGAAAGCAGCGGUGGACGGAGAUGCGAGGGGUUGGGGAUAUUGGGGACGGGGAUGUUGGGGACGAAAAGUCGGCACCCGGGGACGGUGCGGGGACGGACCCGGAAGCGCCCACCGGCGAUCCCUCCUUUGGCGGCCGAGACCGAUCGCCUCGAGCGCCAAAGGACGACGUCUUCACGAUGAACCCCGCGCUCGUCGCCGCGGAGGACAGGUGCGCCGCCGCGGAGGCUGCGACGCGACGCGCGGAGGAGAAGAUAGAGGCGCUGACCGAACAGUUGAGCGACGCGAGGAGGGAGUGCGAGGCGUUGAGAGCAGCGCUCGCCGACGUCGACCCCGCGCAUCGUCUCGUUGACGAAUCGAAUGAUUGAUUGAUGGACGGCGGCGCGGGUGAUUGAGACCGCAACGAAGUGUAACAACUGUAACUAAGUGUAACAACUGUAACUGU